GGCCAUUCACAUCGUACACUCAUUCUCGUUUCUUCGCGUGUUCACACUGCCGAUACUACUUGUUGGGUCUCAUUCUCUCGCCUGCCGGCUGCUUUAUCACCAAGUGAAACAUUUGUUAAAUACAAUUUUGUGUCUGUCACCAGUUCAUUGAGUCGAAUAAAACAUUGAAACAUGGCUAGUUAUCAUAAACCUGAGGCUAAAACCAUUCAAGAGCUCAAGGACAUUGCUAAUAAGCUCAGAAUCCAUUCCGUCAGGUCCACGCAAGCCAGCAAGUCUGGGCAUCCAACAUCAUGCUCUUCGAUGGCAGACAUCAUGUCUGUCCUCUUCUUCAAUGCGAUGAGGUAUAAAGUUUCAGCUCCACGCGAUGCCAACAACGAUAGAUUUAUUCUCAGCAAGGGUCAUGCUGCCCCCAUCCUUUAUGCUGCAUGGGCUGAGGCGGGACUUCUGCCAGUUGCUGAGCUCCAGAAUCUCAGGAAAUUCGACAGCGACUUGGAAGGACAUCCAACACCCAGGCUCAACUUCAUUGAUGUAGGCACUGGAUCCCUCGGUCAGGGGCUCUCUGUUGCUGCAGGAAUGGCAUACGUUGGCAAAAAUUUUGAUAGAGCCAGCUACAGAGUUUACUGCCUGAUUGGUGACGGUGAAUCCGCAGAAGGAUCGAUCUGGGAGGCCCUGAGUUUCGCCUCGCACUACAAACUCGACAACCUCUGUGCAAUCUUCGACAUCAAUCGUCUGGGCCAGAGUGAGCCCACAGCCCUCCAGCACAACCUCGAAGUCUACCGUAAGCGCCUAGAGUCCUUCGGCUUCAACGCGCUGGUGGUUGACGGUCAUGACGUCGAGGAGCUCGUGAAAGCCUUCCACGAGGCCCAGACCACCAAAGGUCGCCCCACUGCCAUUCUCGCAAAGACCUUCAAAGGAAAGUACUUCCCCAACAUCGAGGACCUGGAAAACUGGCAUGGCAAGGCCCUAGGGGACAAAGCUGAUGAUACGAUUAAAUUCUUGACCUCUCUCAUCAAGAAUCACGGGCCCCUGGGUCUCCACCCCCAGAAGCCUCUCGUCGAGGACGCCCCAGUCGUCAACAUCACCAACAUCAAGCUCCAGACUCCACCAGCCUACAAACCCACGGAUCAAGUGGCAACUCGUCUAGCCUAUGGAACUGCCCUAGCAAAAAUCGCACAGAACAACCCUCGAGUGAUUGCCCUAGACGGCGACACGAAGAACUCAACCUUCGCCGACAAAAUUAAGACAGUGGACCCCGCUCGCUUCGUCGAAUGCUUCAUAGCCGAACAGAACCUCGUGGGGGUGGCAACGGGAGCUGCCUGCAGAGACAGAACAGUCCCCUUCGUCUCAGCUUUCGCCACGUUCUUCACGAGGGCCUUCGAUCAGAUUCGAAUGGGUGCAAUCUCUCAGUCAAAUGUGAACUUUGUUGGCUCCCACUGUGGAGUGUCCAUUGGAGAGGAUGGCCCCUCUCAAAUGGGGCUUGAGGACAUUGCCAUGUUCAGAACUAUACCUGGGUCUACUGUCUUCUAUCCCAGUGAUGCUGUGUCCACUGAGAGAGCUGUGGAAAUCGCUGCUAACACCAAGGGGAUUUGCUUCAUCAGAACUUCAAGACCUAACACUGCGAUUUUGUAUAAGAACGAAGAGCCUUUUGCUGUCGGAAAGGCUAAGGUUGUCAAGUCCAGCCAGAAGGAUCAGGUUUUGCUCAUUGGAGCUGGAGUCACUCUCCACGAAGCCUUGAAGGCUGCUGAUGAGCUUGAGAAGGCUGGAGUUAACGUCAGAGUGUUGGAUCCAUUCACUGUUAAACCUCUGGAUGCUGCUGCUGUCAUCAGUAACGCCAAGGAGACAGGUGGCAGAAUUGUCACAGUGGAGGAUCACUAUCCCGAGGGAGGACUGGGGGAGGCUGUCGCCUCAGCUGUUGCGAUGGAGAGAAACAUCAUCUUGAAGAAGUUGGCAGUCCCCAAGGUCCCCAGAUCUGGUCCUCCUAACGUUCUUCUCGAUGCCUUUGGAAUCAGUGCCAGGAACAUCAUCGCUGCUGUUCAGGAGAUCGUGAAGCAUUAGGGGGUUGUCGGCUGGCUCGUAAUUCCACAUUCCACUGCAUUUAUCAAGUGUUUUUUUGGGUGUGGACACGUGUUUGAUAAAGUUUUACAUAUUACAGUUUAUGUACGUUUAUAAACAGACCUUUGUGGAACAAUUUACAUAUUUUUCAGAGCAUUGUUAACUGUUUGAAGUCUUGGGAUUGGAGAAAAACUGUAUGAGAAAAAAUAUAUUUUUCACAUUUUCUGCGUA